AUGUCCUGUGGCGUCGGCGUCCACACCGUUGAGGCGGCACCCCAGGAAGGAACAGCUCGCCUCCUAAAGUUCCUGGGCGUCUGGCUGGACAACGAAGGAACCAGGUGCACGCCCAAGAGCAUCCUCCUGCCUCUCUGCAGCCACAAGACCUGCACCAGGCAGUCGAGCGAUAUCAAACCUCGAGAUACUUGCAACUAUCGCGGAUCUUUGUGUUACCGGCUGCCUAGAGGAAAGACGGCCGGAAAAUCGCUCCGCGCAUGUAAACCAAGAUUUUAUUCUCGUGAGAUCCCGAUGACAGCUCGGGAGCCAGUUCUCGCGGGAUUUUGCGAGUCAGGGUUGGAAGUUGUGGUGGACGGCAGAGGGAGGCCCAACACUGAGAAGGAGGUUAAGGGGUCGACUUGCCCGCCUGUUGUCCUCCUCCGGCGGCGGAGCCCCAGACGAGUAGGUGAGCGCCGCCUUGCAAGCCUCCACAGCGCUCUCCGGCUCUGCUGCUGCCUCGGACGCCACCCUCCCUUCCCCCUGGACCCCAUCAGGCUCCACCUUUGCUCCCUCUCGUCCCGGGACGUCGGGCUCCAGGGGGGGAGAUGUACGGAGGGCGGCGGGAGGAGAAGUUGGCCGCCAUCCGCCCGCCCGCCUCCUCCUGGCGGUCCUUCGCCGCCUGUCGGGUGUUAA